CCCAUAGUUCACUACCGGUAGGUAGGUGGUACCUGGACUAGGUGUUAUUUUUGGGGCUAUUUUUAGCUGCCAUUGCACCCUUUUGCUCCGCCACUGCUGUCAACGUACCACUCAAACGUAUUCAUGUUUUCUAUCCUAAUCCUUUGCAUUCGCAUUCCAACGCUCACAACCGAAAUCCAAUAUCAACAAACCUUAUGGGAUUCCGCGACCCCUGACUUCGGAGGAUCAGCUUCCCAAGUGAUUCAUCGUAGAAUCCACGCACAACUCUUGCCCCCCCCCCCCUGCCCCGCGGUCAUUGUCAUGAUUGUCUGGGCAGAUUCGCUGGCACUUGGCGGUGGUGGGGGACUUUCUUGGCCGAGACGGAGGGUCAAUCGAUGUGACUGGGCCGUGAUUGUGUCCCCAGUUAUACAAGCAAUGUCCAACAAACAAACAUCCGUCAAUGCCGAGAACGUUACUCAGUUGAAGGCCGAUAGGCGCCCGAGUAGAAUACCUACCAACCUAAGCAGGCAGGGCAGGUAGACUCGUGCAAAUAUUUAAUUGCACCGCGUUUGACUGGCAACUAUCUCCCCGGUCACUCCCUCUUAUUCGUUCCGAAUCUUUGCAUUUUGAACGAGUGAGGGUGUGAACCUGGACCACAGGAACACGCGUGCAAACACAGUACCGGCUUGAUACAUUGCUUGGAAAUUUCCUAUCUCGUUCUCGGUGCCCGCCCGCGAAAACAGCGUCCCACUUGGGUUGAUCUUUUUCGGUCCCUUUGCCUUUUUUAUUCCCUCACAGGCCGCGUAUCCUCACACACCCGUCCGUUAAUUCUCUGGGUGCUUUGCAGUCUCUUCUUGUUUUUUUUUCUUCUUCUCUGCAUUUCCCACCGCUAUUUCUCCUAACAUCUUCCAAGAAGAAAUCCCACAAAGUCUACGGAGUAGUUAGGCCACGCAGAUAUCCUACACCGACUGUGCGACCUCGUGCAUCCGUCAUGUCGUUCUUCAAGAAGCUCCAAAAGGAGUUUGAGGACUUUAAUCCCUUCGACAAGAAGAAGGAUGAGCCUCAACCUGCUGCCGACACUGCCACCAAGUCUGCGGAAUCGCCGGCGCCCCAGCAGCAACACCAGCAGCAGCCGCCCUAUGGCCAACAACCAUACCAGCAGCAGCCCUACGGCCAGCCUCCCCAGCAGUAUGGCAGCCCUCACCCCAGCGGCUACGCAGCCACUCCCCCUCCCCCUCCCCAGCAGCAGCCCACGCCCCCGGGCCAGCCCCAACUCCCGCCCGGCUGGACCUCGCACUGGGACCCUUCCUCCCAGCGCUACUACUACGUAGAGGCCGCCACCGGCAAGACCCAGUGGGAAGCUCCCGCCGCCCCUCCCCCUCCUCCCCCGCCCCCGGGAUACCCCGGCGCGCCUCCCCCAAUCCCGCAGAGCAGCUACCCGGGCUCGCCACCUGCCCCGGGCGGAGACGGCACCCGGUCCGCCGGCGGCCCUCCCGGCGCAUCGCCUUACGCAUCUCCCCCGCCGGGAGCCCCCUACGGCCAGCAGCCGCCCUACGGCUCGCCAUCCCCUUACGGCGCAGCUCCUCCGCAAGGCGGGGCUGCAGCCGGCUACUUUGGCGGCGCCCCACCCCCCGGCGGUGCUGCCCCCUACGGCUCGCCUCCGCCCGGCGCACCCUACGGAUCUCCGUAUGGUCAGCAGCCGUCGCCCUACGGCCAGCAGUCGCCAUACGGCCAACAGCCCCCUUACGGCCAGCAGCCCUACGGCGGCGCCCCUCCCACGCACCCGUACGGCCAAGAGGCAACCAAGGACCCGCAGACUGGCAAGAAGGCCGGCAGCAGCGGCAUGCUCCUCGGCGUGGCGGGUGGUUUGGCCGCCGGUGCCGUCGGUGGAGCUCUGCUCAACCAUGCUCUGAGUGGCGAUGACUCGGACGAUGAAAAGGAAAAGGCCGCCGCGGCCGCAGCUGCCGCUCCCGCUGCCGCAGCCCCCGCAGCAGCAGCAGCAGCCGCCCCAGCAGCCGUCGCGGCUCCUGUAGCAGCCGAGGCCGCCGAGCCGCCGCCACCGACCAUCAUCAACAACUACUACUACGACACGCCUCCGCCCCCCGUCGACGACGGCAUGCCGCCGCCGGUCCUUGGCGCGUACGACGAGAACGGCGAGCGCGUGUCCGACAGCGACCGCGAGGACGUCCAGGAGGCGCGCGAGCGGUACGAAGAGGCCCUGGCCGCCGCCGCAGACUCGGACGCCAGCAGCAGCGAGGCCGAGGAGCUCGAGGAGGCGAGGCAGGAGUACAUUGAGGAGUACGAGGAGGCUUAUGGAGGUGACGACGACGACUGA